AGCACAUGGUGGUUAUGGUUAUAUAAGGUCACCAUCAUCGGUGCGGGGGGUCGAGUAUGCAUUGAUUAAACAGUCUUGCCAUCGCAUAAUCUCGCGCCACCAUGGAGCUGGUCGAACGAUGGAUAUACAACCCCCCGGCGCCGCCAAAACGGACGCGCGACAGACCGAUGAAGGUACUCGCACUGGGCAUGUCCCGGUCGGGGACGGAGUCUCUGUCGCGUGCCCUCCGUAUCCUCGGGUAUGAUCAUGUCUUCCACGGCUUUGAGAUGUGGCAAAACACGCCCAUGCUCUGGCGGUCGUGGACGAUGCUCGGGCGACGGAAAUGGGGCAACGCUGGUACUGCUGAUGGAAAGACUGGCAUUACGAGGGAGGAUUUCGAUAACUUACUCGGACACUGCGAAGCCAUCACCGACCAGCCUGGUACACUCUUUGCCCCGGAAUUGAUCGCGGCCUAUCCCGAAGCCAAAGUGAUUCUCAACCGCCGCGACGUCAACUCCUGGUACCCUAGCCUCUGCACUGUCCUUCGCCCAUUAACGACUGGCUUGUUUUACCACGUGCUGCCCUGGUUCAAUGCCGACCUGUACUGGGAGGCGCAAUAUGUUCGGGGUUGUCUGAUGCCUUUCUUUCACGGCUCUUGGGAGCAGCACGGCAAAUGGGUCUAUGAGCAGCACUGUGCCACUAUUAGGGGGAUGGCCCCGUCGGAUCGGUUUCUGGAGUGGACAGUAGAGGAUGGCUGGGAGCCUCUGUGCCGGUUCCUAGAGAAGGACAUCCCUACAGAAGAGUUUCCCAGCGGCAACACCGUGGACAAUGCUCUGGAAGCCCAUAAUAAUAAUGUAGACAAAUGUGUCGCCUCGGCGGUCCGUAACCUGACUAUUUCGGUGGUCUGUGUUGGGGUUGCAGUCGCAUAUGGUUUAGGAGGUCAUCGUGUCGAUUGGCAGCAAUGGGUCAACCAUCUCAACAUCCGCGAGAGAAUAAACAACCUCCUUUAACGUACAAACGCUGGGGAAUUGAACAGAACCAUUCAGACGUAGUGGAAGGGAGAAUGGAGGUCAUUCAAAACAAAUGUUCUAUUUUACUACAGUGAUCGAUGACGCCAACAAGCUCCAUAAUGACACCAUCA